UUUCGGCUGAACGUUUCACUACGUGUGUAUACAUCAGUGUGUGAGAUAUUUCUUUAGAAAGUGUACGUAUGUGUGUUUGUGUGCUCUUAGGCAUGUGUAGACCUAUAGAAGCUCCCGGUUAACAGUCGUGCUUUGAAAAAACUGGAGGAAAUCAUCUGCGUGGGUCCUUCGUGGCCCGCCGUCGCUUCCUUAUUGGUUUCAUAAAACAUGGCGGCUGUUAGUAAGCAUCUGACAGCCGGUAAUUUCUCCAUCGCAGGUGCUUUGGUGUUCGCCGUGUACGUAUUAAAACAAAGACUGUCUUCGGAGACCAAUGGAGAGAAAAGGGCAUCGAAACUACUGUUGGACCAUGAUAAGGAUAGAAAGACAGAAAAGGCUGCGGUGGACAAGGUGUUCUUCAGGCGCAUUUAUCAUAUCAUGAAAAUCCUGCUGCCACAGACCUUUUGCAAAGAGUCAGGAUAUUUGCUUCUGAUUGCUGCAAUGCUCAUGGCCAGAACCUACUGUGAUGUCUGGAUGAUCCAUAAUGGGACCAUGAUUGAGAGUGCAAUUAUUGGACGCUCGACAACUACUUUCAAAAGAUACUUGGUCAACUUUAUCACAGUCAUGCCUUUUAUAUCUCUAGUGAAUAACUUCUUAAAACUGGGACUCAACGAACUGAAGCUGUGUUUCAGAGUAAGACUGACCAAUCAACUUUACGAUGACUACCUGAUGGGGUUCACAUACUACCAGAUUGGCAAUUUGGAUAACCGCAUUGCCAACCCAGACCAGCUGAUAACCCAAGAUGUGGAGAAGUUCUGCAAUAGUGUGGUGGAUCUCUAUUCCAAUGUCAGCAAGCCUCUACUAGACAUAUUAAUCUACGUCUUCAAACUGAACACAGCCAUUGGGACUCUUGGCCCCGCUAGUUUGCUGAGCUAUCUGGUGUUCUCCGGUCUUAUCCUGACGAGACUGCGCAGGCCAAUUGGCAAGAUGACCAUAACAGAGCAAAAGUAUGAGGGGGAGUACAGAUAUGUCAACUCUCGUCUCAUCACUAACAGUGAGGAGAUUGCAUUUUACAACGGCAGCAGGAGAGAAAAGCAAACCAUUAUUACAACCUUUCAGAAACUGGUGGACCAUUUGAAUCACUUCAUACACUUUCGUUUCUCAAUGGGUGUCAUGGACAGCAUCAUAGCCAAAUACAUAGCCAUGGCGGUAGGUUACCUGGUUAUUAGCCGGCCGUUCCUGGACCUCACAAACCAACGGCAUCUGAACAGCACAAACGCUGAGCGACUGGAAGACUACUACCAGAGUGGGCGGAUGUUAAUAAGUUUGGCACAGGCCUUGGGAAGGAUCGUCCUGGCGGGCAGAGAGAUGACCAGACUGUCCGGGUUCACUGCAAGAAUCACAGAAAUUCAGGAUGUCCUUAAGGAGCUGAAUUCAGGCAGAUAUGAACGGACCAUGAUAACGCAGCAAAGCAAAGAUGCAGCAGUAGAGAAAAUCCAUCUUAUUCCCGGGAGAGGUGAAAUCAUAAUCACAGACAACAUUAUCAGGUUUGAACACAUACCUUUAGCGACGCCGAAUGGGGACAUUCUCAUCCGCGACUUGUCUUUUGAGGUGUCAUCUGGGACAAAUGUGUUGGUCUGUGGUCCCAACGGCUGUGGGAAGAGUUCGCUCUUCAGGGUGCUGGGAGAGCUUUGGCCUUUGUGUGGAGGAAAGCUCACAAAACCAGAGAGAGGGAAGCUCUUCUAUGUUCCUCAGAGGCCAUAUAUGACACUGGGUUCCCUUAGAGAUCAGGUGAUUUAUCCUGACACACAGGAAGACCAAUUAAAGAAAGGAACAUCUGAUCGGGUGCUGAAGGAAUAUCUGGACAAUGUCCAGCUGGGACAUAUCCUGGACAGAGAGGGCAGCUGGGAGAGUGUGCAGGACUGGAUGGAUGUCCUCAGUGGCGGAGAGAAGCAGAGGAUGGCUAUGGCUCGUCUGUUUUACCACAAGCCCCAGUUUGCUAUUCUGGACGAGUGCACCAGUGCUGUGAGCGUUGAUGUGGAAGACUUCAUCUACAGCCACUGUCGAAAGGUUGGCAUCACACUGUUCACAGUCUCCCAUAGGAAAUCACUAUGGAAGCACCAUGAGUAUUACUUGCACAUGGAUGGAAGAGGAAACUACGAGUUUAAACCCAUCACAAAGGAAACGGCUGAGUUUGGAUCAUAAUAAUAACAUCGGGCCUUAUUAAUGAGCAAAUCCUUGCAUAAAUCAUUCAGUUAUUCUCAAUUAAAUUAUUGCAUGUGAAAAUUUCUGAAAGAUUGGUUUUAUGCAGAAAUUUGCUCUGCUCGUAUCACGAAUGAGGCCUAUUCGUACUAAAUGUGGAUCUUAAGCAAUAUCAUUCUGAAAUUCUAAACUCUUUAUAUUAUAAGAUGUUAAAUAUAACUGCUUUUCUUCAUCUGAGGGAAAGGAUUGUAACUCUGUGGAUAAAUAUCUCUCAGGGAGAGGUUAUUGCAUUAUCUCAAAAGAUUUUUGUAAGGAAUAAAACUGGGUUUGAUAUCCUUUUAAGAAUCAAGCAUUUGUAAUAUAAAAGUAUUGAUUUUUGUUGUUGGUACUUGAUUUAUGUUACAGUCACUGGGAUGUUAUUAUCACUGAGUUUUCCAUAACAUAUUGUUGCAUGCCACUGGCACAGUAAUGAGUUCAUCAUAACACCUUGGAAACUGUAUUAUUUAAAUGUAAUGAGCUGGCUUUCUAAAUUUUAUUUUUUGGGAAAUUAAUUUUAAGAGAUAAUGAAGCCUAAUAUAUGUUUGGAUAUUUAUGUGUAUAGUGCCUUAUAGAAAUGUUUUACUGAAUUACAAAACAUACAAUUAAAUCUGAUUAUUUAAAUGCAAA